AUGCAGCCCUGCGGCGGGGGCGGAGAAGGGGAGGCCUCGGCGGGCGCCGCGCUCCGGCCCCGGGGCCCCGCCGCCGAGGCGCCCCCUCCCCCGGGCGGCCUCGUGCUCUUCUACGAGCUGGGCACCGCGGCCGAGCCCGAGGCGGACGGCGAGGCGGCGGGCGGCGAGAGCGCGGGCAGCCCCGGCGGUGGCGGCGGCGGCCUGGACGACCUGGACGACGAGGAGGAGGGCGGCGGCGGCGGCAAGAGCUGCACCUACCAGGGCUGCAGCGAGACCACCACGCAAGUGGCCAAGCAGCGCAAGCCCUGGAUGUGCAAGAGGCACCGCAACAAGAUGUACAAGGACAAGUACAAGCGCAAGAAGAGCGACCAGGCGCUGGGAGGAGGAGGAGGGGGCGCCGGAGGCCCCGCCGCCACGGCGGUUGCAGCAACAGCGCCUGGAGCGGGAACCGCCGCCGCCGCCGCCACCACCCCGGGAGGCAGCGGGCGGGUUGAGGAUUGCACUGAAAAUUCAGGUUCUGCAUCAAAGCAAAGAACAGGUUCUAUUGGCGAUCGGCCAGCAAAACCCACGCUUUUGGAGCAAGUGUUGAACCACAAAAGACUGUCACUUCUUAGAAGUCCAGAAGUUGUCCAUUUUCUACAAAAACGACAGCAGCUGUUAAGUCAGCAAGCUUUGGAACAAAGGCAGCAACAGUUCUCUGGAGCACCAGUGUGAUAGCUUGAGGAUCUUCAAACUCAUUUUCUUAUUGGACAAUAACUUCACCAUUUUAACUGUUGUAAGAGAACAU